AUGGUCGAUUCAUCACAAAUAGAUGCAUUUGAUGAUUGGGUUUUUGAUCUUAAUGAAACAGUUAAUUAUGAUGACAAUCAUCCGUCACCAGCUAUAUCAACAAAUGAAUCUUCUUUACCGAUAAUCCAAACAUCCUCGUUAGUAAAUAAAGAAGAAGAAAAUAACAUAAAGAAACGUAAAAAUGAACAAAAAACUGAUUUAAAUGAAAACAAAAAAACAAAACAGGCACCAUCAUAUAUGAGAAGAAACAUUCGACAGUUAUAUAAAAGUGAUCAAUUGCAAGUUGAUACACUAUCAGCACUGAAAGCUGAACAAGAUCGUCUUAAAAGAUUGGAAGAAAUUAAUAAACAAAAUCAAAUAUACAGUCCAAUGUAUAAUAAUGUGCCACCAAAUUAUUAUAAUCCAUUGAAAAAAUUAUUAAACGAACAGGAAUGUAUUAUUUUGGAUGGCGAUGAAAAUGAACAAAGAAGUUUAUCAGCGCUAACUACAAAUUCAGAUUCUUAUAUUGAUACAAGUAAAACAAGAGUCAAUAAUCGUGAUGAUGACGAUGAUGACGACGACGACGACGACGACGACGACGACUACGACAAUGAUGAUAGUAACGAUUCUGAUGUCCAAUCUAUUGAUGGUGAUACUGAAUUUGUGAAUGAUAAAUUAGCUAAAAGGUUGCAACGUUUACAUGUCGAUGAUCGUGUCAAUGUACCAAAUGAUGAUGGCAAUGUAUUAAUUAAUAUAAACCAUCCGAGUGAUGAUCCUGAUUUGUAUAUACCAAAACAUCUUUGUUCUAUUCUUAAACCUCAUCAAAUUGGUGGCGUACGUUUCAUGUAUGAUAAUAUCGUUGAAUCUCUUCAACAUUUUCAAGCAACACCCGGUCUUGGUUGUAUUCUUGCACAUUCGAUGGGUUGCGGGAAAACUGUACAAGUAAUUACAUUUAUUGAUAUUUUAUUACGCUACACAAAAGCGAAAUCAGUACUUAUUGUUGUACCAAUCAAUACAAUACAGAAUUGGGUUAGCGAAUUUAACCGCUGGUGUCCAUUGGAUGAUCCCAGUAUUGAAUAUAAACGUCCGUAUCAAUUGUAUAUAUUAAAUGAUGCAGCGAAAAAAUUUGCUCAACGUGCUAACAUUGUUCAAAGUUGGUCACGAACUGGUGGAACACUUCUUAUUGGUUACGAAAUGUUUCGUUUAUUGGUAACUAAGAAAAGUUUGAAAACAGGAACAUCUGUAAAAAGUAAUAAUUAUAAUAUUAAAGCAACGAAGAUAUGUAGUCCAUCGACGUCGUUUAUUGGCGAUCUUGAAGAUGAUGAUAAAAAUAUGGAAAUAAUUGAAGAUAUGAGAAAUACAUUGAUUAAUCCUGAUCUUAUAAUAUGUGAUGAAGGUCAUCGAAUAAAAAAUCAUCAAGCUAGUGUUGCAAUGGCAUUAAAAUCAAUAAAAACAAAGCGACGUAUUGUUCUUACCGGUUAUCCACUACAAAAUAAUCUCAUUGAAUAUUGGUGUAUGGUGGAUUUUGUUCGUCCAAAUUAUCUUGGUAGUAAACAAGAAUUUUGUAACAUGUUUGAACGUCCUAUUCUCAAUGGUCAAUGUAUUGACUCAACGACCGAAGAUGACAAAUUGAUGCGUGCUCGUUCUCAUGUUUUACAUAGUUUACUUGAAGGGUUUAUUCAAAGACGAGGACAUAGUGUACUUCAAACUACCUUACCACCGAAAACUGAAUAUGUUAUAUUGCUGAAGUUAUCAAGUGUUCAACAAAGCUUAUAUGUGAAAUUUCUUGAAGCUGUCGGUGCUCUAGCUAAUCCGACCGAACGAACAAUUAAUCCGUUAAGAGCAUUUGCUACUUGUUGCAAAAUUUGGAAUCAUCCUGAUGUUUUAUAUAAAUUUGUUCGAGAUCGUCAAGAUGGAUCUGAUCUUGAUCUAGAUUUAGAAAUCGAUCAAAAUUCUAAUUCAAUGAAUAGACCAUUAUCAACAAAAAUAAGAUCAAAUAAUCGUUUAACUUUGGAUAAUCGUGCAUCACCAGUUCCAUUGCUACCAACAACAACAAUGAAUAAUUCUUAUGAAGCUUCAACAACUAUGUAUCCAACGGACAGAAGAGAAUUUGACUACGACUUUGCUAAUUCAAUUUUAAAUUCUUACAAUUGUGGUCAAUUAUCAAGUGGCAUUAAAUUUGAAGUAGCCUUAACAAUUAUUGAUUUAUCUAUUAAAGUUGGCGAUAAAGUUCUUCUAUUUAGUCAAAGUUUAUUAUCACUUGAUAAAUUAGAAGAUUUUCUUAGUCACCGUAAAAUACCUAAUACAGAACAAAAAUGGCAGAAAAAUGUUAACUAUUAUCGACUUGAUGGUGCCACCAAUUCUCUUGAACGUGAAAAAUUAAUAAAUGCAUUCAAUGGUUUAAAUUCUAAUGUAAAAUUAUUUUUACUAUCGACUAGAGCCGGUUGUCUAGGAAUAAACUUAAUAAGUGCAAAUCGAGUCAUUGUCAUGGACGUAUCAUGGAAUCCGUGUCUCGAUGCUCAAGCUGUUUGUCGUGUGUAUCGUUAUGGGCAGCGAAAACAUUGUUAUAUAUAUCGAUUAAUAGCCGAUUUUACACUGGAAAAACGGAUUUAUGAUAGGCAAAUAGCAAAACAAGGAAUGUCUGAUCGUGUUGUUGAUGAAUUACAACCGCAAACUCAAUUUACUAAAAAUCAUGUUCAAAAUUUAAUUCAUUUUGCGACUGAAAAAGAAACAGCUGCACCAGAUUUGAUAACAAAAAUCGAUGAAAUAUCAGACGAUCCUAUUCUAUCGUCAAUAUGUAAACAAUAUACUCAAUCAAUAACAAAACUUCCGUUUACACACGAAUCUCUUCUAUUGGAUCAUAAAGAAAGUCAAUUGACAUCAGCUGAAAAACGUCGUGCACAAAAAGACUAUCAAUAUGAAAAACAACGAAGUGUCUAUUCGAAUAGAUCAAGAUAUAGUACACCACGAGCUUCAUCAUUUGUUAACAAUAAUCAGCGGUAUUUCAAUGACUAUAAACCACAUUCAUCUCCUUCGCCGUUUCCAACGGUCGAAUCUCGUUUUCCACUGUAUAAUAAUUUACAGACAACAGAUAGAAAACUAGAAGAAUUAAAACAAAAAGGAGUUUCAAUUCAACUGGUUGUACUUCAAAAUCCAUUAGAAGUUCAAAUGAGUGGACUCGAACGUUCUGUAAUUCCAGCUGGUAUUCGAAUUCAUCUUAUUAAAUCACCUAGCGGAGCCUAUAUAAGAACGCCAGAUGGAAGGUUUUUUUCCAUACGUCAAUCAAUAUCAACAGCAAUCACUAACCCCAAACCAUUACAAAUAGCCACUCAAUCAUUACUAACUCCACCGCCACCGCCACCAUCAUCAUAUGAUUUUCUGAACCAGUUAAUAUCGAAUACUCCACUUCUGCCACCUUCUGACAUAUCUUCUAUGCCAGUAGGAAACGAUUUAAAUGAUGAAAUUGAUGAUUUACUGGAUGAUAAAACGUUCACGUUACCUUCAUCUUCAUCGACCAGUGAAAAUUUAAAUCCUUGGAAUAUUAAUUAUUUUCAACAGAAUAAUUUUGAUUUAAAUCUUUUCCCAAGUCAAUCGAAUAGUUCAGUAUCAUCAAAUAAUAAUAACAGUACAAAUGAUUUUACUUCGAAUCUUUUAACGUUUAUAUGA